UCUGUCCACAAGGUGGCGCUAACAGACAGCCUCUGCGCGCUCGUUGCGCCACCUUCAUACUAUCAGUGAGAGGCUUCCUGUGUAACCCUGAGCAGCGGGUUUGGGCAGAGUGCGUGUUAUUGCAGGAUGUGGUGAAUGCGAGAGGUGGUGCCGCUCACAGCUCGCGCGGUGACGGUUGGGACAGCGAGACGUGGCGCUCACUCAGAGACGGACAGCAGCUGGGAGACUCGAGCGAGUUAAAGUUCGCUUUGAAGGGCGGAAAAUCACGGGCCGACGGCCGCUCCAUACAAGGCAAGGUCGGGUGGGGAGCAGUUUAAGGAGCAGCGCUGAUCCAAUCAUCUGCGCUCCAGGGAAGAGCCCGGAACCAAGCGACGCGACUCGUUUUGUUUUCUGAAAAGAUUUGUAACGUUAAACGUUUGAGAUGUUUCUGUAGAAGCUCUCUUGUUUCUUUAGUUUUGUUGUUUGUUUUGGAUUUGUGUACUUUGGAGAUGAGUGCGUCAGUAAACGGUGGAGAACCCAAACCCGCACCAGCGGUCAGUCAGAACGGACCGGGUUCUGUACCUCCGAGUCCCACGGAUGUCAACACACCGGCGGUACCGGACGAGGAGCCGCAGUCUGCGGUGACGGACACCACGCAGAUGGGAAUUAAGUUCGCCAAGACAUUCCUGCUGAUUUUCCCCAUAUACGUGUUGGGAUAUCUGGAGUUCAGUUUCAGCUGGGUCCUCAUCAUCCUGGCCGUGCUGUUCUGGCUCAGACGGAACCAGGGCAGCAGAUUCGCUCGGGUGAACCAGGCGCUGGCGUUUCUGGAGCAUGAGGAGCGAGCGGUGCGUCAGACCGUCCGGAGCUCAGAGCUGCCGCCGUGGGUUCAUUUUCCAGAUGUGGAGAGAGUGGAGUGGCUCAACAAGACUGUGCAUCAGAUGUGGCCAUAUAUUUGUCAGUUUGUAGAUAAACUGUUCAGAGAGACCAUUGAACCAGCAGUGCAGGGAGCCAAUGCGCACCUUAGUACUUUCACCUUCUCCAAGAUAGACAUGGGGGACAAGCCUCUCAGGGUGGAUGGAGUGAAAGUUUAUACAGAGAAUGUAGAUAGACGACAGAUUAUUAUGGACCUACAAAUCAGUUUUGUCGGAAACACUGAAAUUGAUGUGGAUAUUAAGAAAUACUACUGCCGUGCAGGAAUCAAGAGCAUACAGCUUAAUGGGGUGUUGAGGGUCAUCAUGGAGCCAUUGCUGGGAGACAUGCCUCUGAUUGGUGCACUGUCUGUGUUCUUCCUCAAGAAACCUUUGCUGGAUAUAAACUGGACGGGUCUUACAAACAUGCUGGACAUCCCUGGAGUAAAUGGUCUGUGUGACGGCAUUAUUCAGGAUAUCAUAUACAGUUAUCUCGUGCUGCCAAACAAAAUCACUAUUCCGCUUGUAAAUGAUGCACAGAUUUCCAAACUCCGCUUCCCUAUGCCAAAGGGUAUUCUGCGGAUUCACUUUCUGGAGGCCCAGGACCUGGUAGGGAAGGACAAGUUUCUGGGUGGUCUGAUAAAAGGAAGGUCAGACCCGUAUGGCGUCAUUCAGCUCGGUAAUCAGCUCUUCAGAUCCAAAAUCAUCAAAGAGACAGUUAAUCCUAAAUGGAACGAAGUUUAUGAGGCAUUUGUGUACGAUCACCCAGGACAAAAUGUGGAGAUAGAGCUUUAUGAUGAGGACCAUGAUAAGGAUGAUUAUUUGGGAAGCCUUACCAUCAACGUAGAUGAACUAGAGAAGGAACAGAAACUAGAUGAGUGGUUUGUACUUGAUGAUGUUGCUACAGGAAAGCUUCACCUGAAGAUUGAAUGGCUUUCUCUUCUCCCUACACCUGAUAAACUUGAUGAGGUUUUAAGCAGCAUUAAAGCAGCUAAAGGUCAGGCCAAUGAUGGACUGUCAUCAGCAUUAUUGUUGGUGCAUCUGGACUCAGCCAAAAAUCUGCCAAGUGUUUUUGAGGGACACGUGGGCAGUGGGUGUCUGAGAGAGCGCCGCUCUGCCGGGCUGGUGUUCUGUGAAAACACUUCUGCCCUCUACAGGACAAUGUUUUCUGGUAAAAAGGUCGCCAGUGUGCCCAGUCCAUUCGUUCAGUUUACUGUGGGACACAGAUCCUUUGAGAGCAAGACAAGAUAUAAAACCAAUGAGCCCGUUUGGGAGGAGGCCUUCACAUUCCUGAUCCACAAUCCAAAGUGUCAAGAACUUGAAGUGGAGGUAAAGGAUGAGAAGCACGAGUGUUCCCUAGGGACGUUUUCUCUUCCUCUGUCAAAGAUGCUGCAGGAGGAUCAGAUGACUAUCAGUCAGCAAUUCCCACUCAAGAACUCAGGACCCGGUGCUACGCUUAAGAUGAAGAUGGCACUUAGGAUUCUGUCUAUGGAUAAGUUGUCCGUAUCAAAUCAGCCGUCCUCAAUUCAGAUCCGCCGCCCUAGCUCCAGCACGACCAAUGUUUCAGAGCCCACCCCAACAUCCAAAACCCAGCAGCCAACCCCAGCACCGAGAAACCAACCCUCCCCGCGAGUGGAACCCUUGAUAGACAGCAGGCCAUUGGAGGACUCACCUACCCGUCUGGCUAAAUCGGGGCGGAGCACGUCUAACCUGGCCAUUUCUGGCUCUCAGCUACACCUAAAUAACAAAGAGCCGACACCCAGCAUAGCGUCUGACAUCUCCAAUCCCAGCACCGCCCAGGAGCUCCAGAAGACAAUACAACACUUACAGAAUGGCGCCUCACCUGGUUUCGCUCCAUUGGGUGAAAUUCAGUUAACCAUCAGACACAGUCCCCAAAGAAACAAACUAAUUGUCGUGGUACACAGCUGCAGGAAUCUGAUCUCUUCUACUGAAAAUGGUUCUGAUCCAUAUGUCCGUUUGUAUUUGCUGCCUGAUAAACGACGCUCUGGACGCAGAAAAACAAACACAAUUAAAAAAACAGUGACUCCUGUCUAUGAUCAAACGUUUGAAUUCAGUGUGUCACUUGUGGAGUUGCACAGAAGAACACUAGAUGUGGCCGUGAAGAAUGGAGGAGGAAUUCUGUCAAAACACAGAGGGCUGCUGGGAAAGGUGUUAGUUGACUUGACCUCUGAGGAUAUAUCAAAGAGCUCAACGCAAUGGUAUGAGCUUUCAGUGGAUGGGCUGAGCCGACAAUCCCCUUAGUCAAAGGAACCAACUUCUUUCUGCCCACACAUACUGUAUUUAAAAAAAAAA